UCGCCCGGCUGAAAUGUGGGAGUCUGGAGGUGAAUGUUGGGGCUGCUGCUGAACUGGAGGCUCUGUAACGUGUGGAUCACUUCACCCGAACUGGAGAUCACCAUUUGUUCUUAAAUGGGGAACAAUCUGAGCGAGUCUUGAAGCGUCUCCGGAGCGGAAAAUGUCAGAACACAGGUCCAGUUUUCUUCACAUUGGAGACAUCGUGUCUCUGUACGCGGAAGGAUCGGUGAAUGGCUUCAUCAGUACUUUGGGGCUUGUUGAUGACAGGUGUGUGGUUCAACCCGAUGCCGGAGACCUCGCCAAUCCGCCCAAAAAGUUCAGAGAUUGCCUCUUCAAGGUGUGUCCCAUGAACAGAUACUCAGCCCAGAAGCAGUUCUGGAAGGCCAAACAAGGAAAACAAGGAAACAACAACACACAAGGAGAGCUCUUUAAAAAGUUACAGCAUGCAGCUGAACUGGAGCAGAAGCAAAAUGAGUCAGAGAACAAGAAGCUCCUCGGAGAAGUCGUCAAAUACAGUAAUGUCAUCCAGCUCCUGCACAUAAAAAGUAACAAGUACCUGACGGUAAACAAGCGCCUCCCUGCUCUGCUGGAGAAGAACGCCAUGCGCGUUUCGCUGGACGCUGCUGGGAACGAGGGCUCCUGGUUCAACAUCCAGCCCUUCUGGAAGCUCCGGAGCGAAGGAGAUAAUGUGGUGGUUGGAGACAAAGUGGUGCUGAUGCCGGUGAACGCCGGACAGCCGCUUCACGCCAGCAACAUCGAGCUGUUAGACAACCUCGGCUGCAAAGAGGUUAAUGCUGUGAGCUGUAACACCAGCUGGAAGGUCACUCUGUUCAUGAAGUUUAGCGACUACAGGGACGACGUUUUAAAAGGGGGGGACGUGGUGAGACUGUUCCAUGCCGAGCAGGAGAAGUUUCUGACCUGUGAUGAGUACAAGGCGCUGCAGCACGUCUUCCUGAGAACCACACUGAGGCAGUCUGCCACCUCCGCCACCAGCUCCAAAGCUCUCUGGGAGAUUGAGGUCGUGCACUACGACCCCUGCAGGGGCGGCGCCGGUCAGUGGAACAGUUUGUUCCGCUUCAAGCACCUGGCGACUGGGAACUACCUCGCAGCUGAGGUGAAUCCUGAGUUCAAGCAGAACACGAUGGAGUCCAAGGGGGAGAUCGACACCGAUACUGUGUUCACCAAGAGGAAGCAUCAAGCAGCAGAGAAGAUUGCCUUUACGCUGGUUUCUGUUCCCCAUGGGAGUGACAUUUCCUCUCUGUUUGAGCUGGACGCCACCACUCUGCAGCGGGCCGACUGUCUCGUGCCCAGAAACUCCUACGUGAGGCUCCGGCACCUGUGCACCAACACCUGGGUGACCAGCACCAACGUCCCCAUCGAUGCAGAGGAGGAGCGCCCGGUCAUGCUGAAGAUUGGCACCUGUCCCGCUAAAGAGGACAAAGAAGCCUUUGCUAUUGUGUCGGUUCCGCUGUCGGAAGUCAGAGACUUGGACUUUGCCAACGAUGCCAGCAAAGUCCUGGAGUCCACCGUGAAGAAGCUGCAGUACGCCAACAUCACCCAGAACGAGAGGAGGUUUGUUACGAAGCUUUUGGAGGACCUGGUUUUCUUUGUGUGCGUGGUGCCAAACAACGGACAGGAUGUUCUCUCUGUGGCCACUUCCACGCCCAACCGGGAGAGGCAGAAACUCAUGAGGGAACAAAACAUCCUGGCCCAGAUAUUUGGCAUCCUGAAGGCUCCCUUUACAGACCACGGCGACGGCCCCAUGCUGAGGCUGGAGGAUUUGGGAGACCAGCGCUACGCCAACUUCAAGUACAUGCUGAGACUCUGCUACAGAGUGCUGCGGCACUCCCAACAGGACUAUCGCAAGAACCAGGAGUAUAUCGCCAAAAAGUUCUCGAUCAUGCAGUCUCAGAUUGGAUAUGAGAUUCUGGCUGAAGACACGAUCACCGCUCUGCUGCACAACAACCGCAAGCUGCUGGAGAAACACAUCACGGCCAGAGAGAUCGAGACCUUUGUGAGCUUGUUGAGGCGCAACAGAGAACCUAGAUUCCUGGAUUAUCUUUCUGAUCUCUGUGUGUCAAACAAGACUGCCAUCCCCGUCACACAGGAGCUUAUCUGUAAAUAUAUGCUGAAUCCCAUCAAUGCAGACAUCCUCAUCCAGACCAAACUGAUCGCGAACACAGAGACCACCCUGGAGUCCUCGCUGAUGCAGGAGGAGGUGGAGGAGGAGGAGGUCUGGCUCUACUGGAUUGACAGUCACAAGGAGCCCCACGGCAAAUCCAUCCGCCACCUGGCGCAGGACGCUAAGGGCAACCACAAGAUGGAUGCAGACAUCAUCACUUACUACAGGUACCAGCUCAACCUGUUUGCCAAAAUGUGUCUGGACCGGCAGUACUUAGCCAUAAACCAGAUCUCCAGUCAGCUCCCCGUGGAUCUCAUCCUGCGCUGCAUGUUCGACGACUGCCUGCCCUACAACCUCCGGGCCUCCUUCUGCCGCCUCAUGCUGCACAUGCAUGUGGACCGAGACCCGCAGGAGUCUGUGGUCCCCGUGCGCUACGCCCGCCUCUGGACCGAGAUCCCGUCCAAGAUCUCCAUCAACGAGUUUGAGUAUGAGUCAACAGACAGCUCAAGAGACGAGAUGAAGAGGAAAUUUGCCCCCACGAUGGAGUUCGUGGAAGAGUACCUUAAAGACGUGGUCAGCCAGCCCUUCCCGUUUGGAGACAAAGAUAAAAAUGAACUCACACUAGAGGUGGUGAAUUUGGCGAGAAACCUGGUUUACUUCGGUUUCUACAGCUUCAGCGAGCUGCUGCGUCUCACUCGCACCCUGCUGGCCAUCCUGGAUAUCGUCCAGCACCCGCUCACCUUCAUGCACAAGCUCAACAAAGGCCCCGAAGCAGGAAACAACGUCCUGCGAACCAUCCACGGCGUUGGAGAGAUGAUGACUCAGAUGGUGAUGAGUCGCGGCGUGCCGCACAGCCUGCCGGACACGUCUCCGUCUCUGCGGUACGGUAAAGGACACUUUCUGCCAGACAAUGAAGACGUCAUGGUGAUGGAUACCAAGCUGAAGAUCAUCGAGAUCCUGCAGUUCAUCUUGAGCGUGAGGCUGGAUUACAGAAUCACUUACCUGUUGUCCACCUACAAGAAGGAGUUUGGGGAGAAAACCAUCACUGACUCUGUGUCUGAUGUGCCAAUGUUCAUACCCUCUGACCCCGACAUAGACGAAAUUGCAAACAAGUCAGAGAGCAUGUUUGCAGGAAGCUCUGAGAUGAGCGCAGUGGAGCUGGACGACGAGGGCGGCCGGACGUUUUUGAGGGUCCUGAUCCAUCUCAUCAUGCAAGACUACCCUCCGCUGGUGUCUGGCUCUCUGCAGCUCAUCUUCAAACACUUCAGCCAGAGAGCCGAGGUGCUGCAGGCUUUCAAACAGGUCCAGCUGUUGGUGUCGGAGCAGGAUGUGGAGAACUACAAGCAGAUCAAGACCGACCUGGACCAGCUGCGCCUGACGGUCGAGAAAUCCGAGCUGUGGGUGGAGAAGAGUGGAGCCUACAGCAGUGAGGACAUCGUGGUCCGGCAGCCCAAAGAGCCGAUCCUCGAGGAGGUCGUUCUGAGCCCGGUGCAAGACGGGGACAUCAAGCCGCAGAUUGACAGCAACAAGGCAAACAACUAUAAGAUAGUCAAAGAGAUUCUCCUGCGUCUCAGUAAGCUGUGCUACCCCAGUAAGAAGAGUCGUGUGCAGCAGCAGCGGCUCCUGAAAAACAUGGGAGCUCACACUGUGGUGCUGGACCUGCUGCAGAUCCCCUACGAGAAGAGUGAUGAGAAGAUGAAUGAGAUCAUGACCCUGGCUCACGUGUUCCUGCAGAACUUCUGCAGAGGAAACCACCAGAAUCAAGUUCUGCUGCAUAAACACCUGAACCUCUUCCUGACUCCCGGGUUGCUGGAAGCUGAGACGAUGCGCCACAUCUUCAUGAACAACUACCAGCUGUGCAAUGAGAUCAGUGACCGCGUUGUCCAUCACUUCGUCCACUGUAUCGAAACACACGGACGACACGUUCUGUACCUGAAAUUCUUGGAAACCAUUGUGAAAGCCGAUGGGAAGUAUGUGAAGAAAUGUCAAGACAAAGUGAUGACCGAGCUGGUGAACGGCGGCGAGGACGUGCUGGUGUUCUACAACGACCGCUCGUCCUUCUCGGUGCUGCUGCAGAUGAUGGGCUCGGAGCGCGAGCGGACGGACGAAGACGGGGCGCUGGCGUACCACAACACGCUGGUGGAGCUGCUGGCCGCCUGCACCGAGGGCAAAAAUGUCUACACCGAGCUGAAGUGCAACUCCCUGCUGCCCCUGGACGACAUCGUGAAAGUUGUCACUGACAUCAACUGCAUCCCAGAGGUGAAAACUGCCUACGUCAACUUUGUGAAUCACUGCUACGUGGACACAGAAGUGGAGAUGAAGGAGAUCUACACAUCUCAACACAUCUGGAAACUCUUCGACAACUUCCUGGUGGACAUGUCCAGCGUGUGCAACACGACCACAGACCGGAACCAUGCGGAUCUGGCCCUGGAGAAGUAUGUGACGGAGACGGUGAUGGCCAUCGUCAAGGGUUUCUUCAGCUCGCCUUUUUCUGUCAACCACUCCAACCUGCAGACGAACCAAUCUGUCUUCAUCAAGCUGCUGCAGUCAGCCUUCAGGAUUUACAACUGCACCUGGAUCAACUCGGCUCAGAAGGCGAAUAUUGAGAGCUGCAUCAAAACUCUGGCUGAUGUGGCUAAAGCAAGGGCCAUCGCCAUCCCCGUGGAUCUCGACAGCCAGGUCAACACCUUGUCUCUCAAGGUCCACAGCAACACGGUGCAGCGGGCCGCCAAAGACUGGAGGAUCUCGGCCCGCACGCGACCUCGCAAGGAGCCUCUGGGCGGCCCCGACUACAAAAACAUCAUCGAGAAACUACAGGGGGUUGUGUCUUGUCUGGAGGAGCAGUUCAAUCCGAAGGUCCGAGCGGAGUUUUCGGUGCUGGUGGACGUUCUUCACAGCCCCGAGCUGCUGUUUCCAGAGGCGGCUCGCUUGCGCUGCGAGACCGGAGCUUUCAUGUCCAAACUUAUCAAACACACCAAGAAGCUCAUGGACAAAGAGGAAAAACUGUGCAUUAAAAUCCUGCAGACACUCAGAGAGAUGCUGGACAAGAAGGAAUGCUUUGAAGAAGCUGGAAACGAGUUAAGAAAGAUUCUCCUCACACGCUACUUUGGAAAUCAAAAGCUUCACUCCAAGUCGGAGCUCGGGAGUGGAAACAGCUCAUCUGGCGGCUUUGUCAAGCCGUCAUCCGGAGGAGGUUUUCCCACACACGACUCAGACAAGCCGGGAAACAACAUGGUGGAGAUCCAGUGUCUGUUGGACAAUGUUGGCACAACGGAUCUGGUGAUUGACCUCAUCGUCAACACCAAGAAUGACCGGGUGUUCGAGGAGAGCAUCCUGCUGGGCAUUGCCCUUCUCCAGGGUGGAAACACUCAGAUUCAGAAUUCCUUCUACAACCAACUGUACAAGCAGAAGAAGUCUGAGAGGUUCUUCAAGGUUUUUUAUGACCGCAUGCGUUUGGCGCAGCAAGAGAUCCGAGCCACUGUGUCCGUCAACAUGUUCGAGCUCAGCUGCAGGAAGAGGGACGACGACGGUGACCUGAGUGGCAUCAGGUUCAAGAAAGUUAAAGAUUCAGGGCUUCAUAUGAGAGAGGACAUGCGAGGGCAGCUGAAGGAGGCCUCUUCUGCGACCUCAAAGGCCUUCUGUGCCUUCAGGAAGGAGCUGGACCCUGACCUCGAGGGCCUCGGCCAGAACAGCGAGAUAAUCGGAGGAGAAGAGAUCUUGGAAGAAACUCAGAUGAGCCCGGCCAUCACCAUCAUGAAACCGAUCUUACGGUACCUCCAGCUGCUCUGUGAGAACCAUAAUUCAGAUCUUCAGAACUUUCUGCGCAAUCAGAACAACAAGACGAACUACAACCUGGUGUGCGAGACCCUUCAGUUCUUGGACUGCAUUUGUGGGAGCACCACCGGAGGGCUGGGGCUGCUGGGGCUGUAUAUAAACGAGAGCAACGUAGAUCUGGUUCGCCAAACCCUGGAAACCAUCACGGAGUACUGCCAGGGGCCGUGCCAUGAAAACCAGUCUUGUAUAGCCAAGCAUGAGUCGAAUGGCAUCGACAUUAUUAUAGCGCUGAUUGUCAACCCCAUCAACCCCCUGGGGAAGAAUCGACUGGACCUUGUGCUGGUGCUGAAGAAUAAUGCCUCCAAGCUGCUGUUGGCCAUCAUGGAGAGCCGCCAUGACAGCGAGAACGCAGAGAAGAUCCUCUACAAGAUGAGACCCACAGAGCUGGUGGAUGUGAUGAAGGAGGCCUACACUCAGGGCCUGGAGAGCGAGGACGACGAGGACAAUCCCGGAGAUCCAAUCAAACCCAAAGACGUGGGACACAACAUUUACAUCCUGGCUCACCAGUUGGCAAGACACAACAAGAUGUUGCAGCAGAGCCUCCGGCCGGGGUCCGGACUCGGGCCGGGAUCGGGAGUGGACCCCGACAGUGAGAAGGAUGACGCCCUUCACCACUACGCCAAUCACACGGCUCAGAUUGAGAUCGUGCGUCACGACCGCUCCAUGGAGCAGAUCGUGUUUCCCGUCCCGAGCAUCUGCGAGUACCUGACCGAGGAGUCCAAGGUGCGAGUGUUCACCACCACCGAGAGGGACGAUCAAGGCAGCAAGGUUAAUGACUUCUUCCAGCAGUUCGACAACCUCUACAAUGAAAUGAGGUGGCAGAAGAAGAUCCGCAAAAAUAAAGCGAUGUUCUGGUUCUCACGCCACAUCUCUCUCUGGGGGAGCAUCUCCUUCUACCUGGCCUGUCUGCUCAACAUCGCCGUGGCUGUUUUCUACCCUUUCGGUGACGACGGCGACGAGGGCACCCUGUCGUCCUUCUGGAACAUCUUGCUGUGGGUGGCUCUCGGGGUCUUCACCGCCUUGCUUGCUGUGUUGCCCAAGCCGUGGGGCAUCCUCUUCUUCCUGGUCUCCCUCAUUUUACGGGCCAUCUACACGAUGAGCCUGGGUCCUGCUCUGCUGCUGCUGGGCACGGCCAAUCUGUUCAACAAGCUGGUCUUUCUUGUAAGUUUUGUGGGCAACCAGGGAACGUUCACCCGAGGCUACAAAGCGGUGGUGAUGGACAUGCUCUUCAUCUACCAUUUGGGCUACGCCAUCAUCUGCGUCCUGGGCCUCUUCGUUCAUGAGUUCUUCUACAGCUUCUUGCUGUUCGACCUGGUGAUCCGGGAGGAGACCCUGCUCAACGUGAUAAAGAGCGUGACGAGGAACGGCCGCUCCAUCAUACUGACCGCCGUUCUGGCCAUCUUCCUCGUCUACUUCUUCUCCAUCAUCGGCUUCCUGUUCCUCAAAGACGAUUUCCGCAUGGAGGUGGACCCUCUUCCUACAGGAAAAAAGGAUUUCCUGAGUGACAGUGGAGAUGCAGACACAUGUUUGAAAGACAGCUGCCCUCUUUCAACACCCCAAUCAGAUCCUGAUGAAGAGAAGGGGAUUGAACGUGUGUGCGACACUCUGCUCAUGUGUAUCAUCACUGUGUUGAACCAGGGACUGAGAAAUGGAGGAGGUGUGGGAGAUUUUCUCCGGAGACCCUCCAAAGCGGAGCCCCUCUUUGCGGCCCGGGUGGUCUACGACCUCCUGUUCUUCUUCGUCGUCAUCAUCAUCGUUCUCAACCUCAUCUUUGGUGUCAUCAUUGACACGUUUGCCGACUUGAGGAGCGAGAAGCAGAGGAAGGAGGAGAUCCUCAAAACCACCUGUUUCAUUUGCGGCCUGGAGAGAGACAAGUUUGACAACAAGACGGUGUCGUUUGAGGAGCACAUCAAAUCUGAGCACAACAUGUGGCACUACCUGUACUUCCUGGUCCUGGUGCGGGUGAAGGAUCCCACCGAGUACACCGGUCCCGAGAGCUACGUGGCCCAGAUGAUUGCAGAGAAGAACUUGGAGUGGUUCCCUCGCAUGAGAGCCAUGUCGCUGGUGAGCAGUGAAGGAGAGAGCGAGCAGAACGAGAUGCGGUCCCUUCAGGAGAAGCUGAGCAGCACGGUCACCCUGGUGGCCCAGCUCUCCAGCCAGCUGGCCGAGCUCAAGGAACAGAUGACAGAACAGAGGAAAAACAAGCAGAGGCUUGGAUUCCUGGGCCCCCCUCAGUCCAACCACCACAUCCCCCCCCACUGAGGAGGCUCAAACGGGACUGUGCGGCGUGGCGCUCCACUGCAGCCCUAAACCUCAAUCAAAAUGCAGACACGCAAACUCCAGCCUUAAGAACAAUAUAUGUACCCAGGUGGACGCCGCUGAAUACUGAUGUCAAAGUGGAGGGAGCGCUCUCAGACUUUUUGGGCGUGAUUUGUCUCCGUGACACAAGCAUCGCAUUGUUGGAUGCAAAAAAAUCUGUUUUGUGCGUCCGCUCGGCCGGGAGGAGCGCAGGAACUGGUCUCUGUGAAUGAUCGUCCAGGCGCAGCACACAUCUGCCGGCGUGGCGUUAACGGGCCAGACAGAGGUCAAGGGGAAUGUUAGGGUGAGGUUAAUGGUUAAGUGCUGUCACGUCUGUGAACCACCUCGUCCUGGCCUGUCUCUCCACCGACGCGGUGCUGAAGACGAAGCGGCCGCUCAGAGGUCGGAGGUCAGCAGACAGGCCUCCAGGGGAAGAGCGAGCGCACCAUCAAAUACUCUCCUCUUCCUCACCUUUUGUUGUGUAUUUAUUAGAACAUUGUGGCUUCGUAACUGGAGUAUUAUUUCUGCAUUUAGGGAAAAAAAGGAAUCAUGCUGCCUUACUCAAUAACUUUUACAACUGCAGAACGUGCACUUUUGUGAUAUAAAAAAGGGCAAAAAGUUACACCUGUAAAUUGACACGUUGGUUUGGGUAUUAUUUUUUGAAUGCUUUGUGGAAUAUGCAGUCACUGCACACCCGCAGUUGCCUUUUUACAGAUUUGUAUAGAGUAUAUAAUAGAAAUGUGAAUAAAAAAUAGUAAUUACUUGUGCAAAACUUACUUGAAAUCUCCUUUAGGUCUAAAAUUGGUACAGAUUGUAGUUCUGACUGAAGACAGAAGCACACGGAUCUUGUCGGAUGUCGUCUAAUACUGAUUUAUUUCCCGUCUCUGCUUUUAUCAUCCUUAUAUUUUACUGUUUUUAAAAUGAAUCCCUUUUACUCUUCUCAGUUUGACCGCAGCUAAUCGAGUCUGAAUGUGUGUUUUGAACUUGCACAAACAAAGGCAGAUAUUGGGUGCUUGCACUUGGUGGUAAACUGUCCUGCGACACUUUCUGUUGAAACACAUUGUAUAAAGGAUUGUAUUUUCUGUGGUCAGAUGUUUUAAUAAAACUGUAAGAAGA